CCUCGAGUAUCUGAGAAAAUAAUCAUGACAAUAGAAUUCCUGAAACCUUAAUGUCCCGAACAAGAUGGAAAGAACUAAUUAUCAUUUUAGGAUGAGACAUGAGAGAGAUCCUAGUGGGAAGUUUGAUAUACUUUUUGGAUUUAUGUAUUAUGGUUUAUAGAAUUCCAAUUAACCAUUAAAUUGUACAAUGUGGUUUUUGUGAGACAAGCAGAAACUGAAAUGGGAUCUUAUUUUUUUGUCUGGUUAUUCUGUACAAUUUGUUGUUGAAGCUUUUCCACGUGGUUCAUUUACUUUUUGUGGUGGUAUGGAUUGCUAUAAAUGCUUAAAGACACCCUAAAGCUUCAAUUUCCUGUUAGGGAUGUAUCUUGGAAACUUGUUGUCUGAGAUAUGGAAUCUAUCAACCCCAUUUUUUCCCCAAUAAGCAAUGUCAGGCAUUGCUGGAUAUCUUGAUUGUUUUGCAGUAAUGCAAACUGCUUAUACUUGCAUAUCUUGCCUAUCGUUUGCACUUUGGAUUUAUUGUUUAUAUGCUCCAGCUGCUGAUCGGUUUCUGCUUCCCAGUUCUGCUGGUAUUCCAGAAACCGAUCGACUGGUUUCUGGGUUUUCUAUGAAUAACCGGUAGACCAUUUCUGGAUUUUCCAGAAACUGGUCCACUGGUUCCACUGCUGUUUUUUUAUCUUUCUGUUUUUCUAACUUUUGAGUCUUUCUUAGCUUCUGCUUUGUUUUUCUGCUGCUCUAAGUCUUUUGGAUUUGGGUAAUAGACCUCUGUACUUCUUGGGGUAUCCCCUCAUAUUCUGUACAUUUUUUUUCCUUUAAUACAAAUUACACUUAUCCAAAAAAAAAAAACUGCUUAUACUUGCAUAUCGUUUGCACUUUGGAUUUAUCGUUUAUAUGAUCAUAUAAAAUUUGAAGGAUUUAAAAAAUAUGUGCUAGAGGUCUUUUUGGCUUUUAAUGUGCUGUUAUCCUUUUCAAAUCUUAACAUUCUCUGCUGCUAAAGUCUUAAAAGUAUUCCCAUUGACAUUUCAGAUGUUAGCGGCCAGGGUGUUAAUCCUUUCCCCUUUUUUGGGAUAAAUUCAGGAAGGUUGAAGACAUGCUUAAAUGCAGCUGGUCCUGUUGUUGGCAUUGAAACAAGCUGUUACGUCCUCAUAGGCGAUGCUGAUAAGUGCAUAACGUGAACCACAUUUCCCACCAAGAGGAUUUUUCAGCAUCUUAUACAUUAAAUUAAGGGAAUCAGACCUGAUGCGAAGGCAAAGGGGUGCUUUUCAUUCCUUCUCUGAAACUAUUGAUUUUGAUCUGGGAUCUGUUUCAAACAGUACCAUUAUGAGUCAGCAAACGCCUUUCAGUAACAUGCUAAAUCCAGUGGAUAGCAGAUUGUCAAAUAAUGCUGUAUCUUCGGGCAACGCAUCAUGCUCAAAUGCUUUAACUCAUGAUGUCCAGAGCUUUAGUGGUUGGAAUUCAGGCGAAUCUAGCUCAAGGUUAAGUCUGCAAAAUCAGGUGAAUGAUGAUGGGAUAAAAAUGGAAGAAUGGUUGUCUACUUCAGUCAAUGCUUAUCCUGCAGUUGGUCAAAGAUCAGAGGACAGGCUAUUUGAAACAACUAAUAUCCUUUUCCCAGGCAGAGUAAGUACGGGGAUUAGUGGCAAUCAGGUUAGAAGUGGACCUUUAUUCUUGCAGGGCACCAGCUCGAAUCAUAUCACACCCAAUGCAUGUCCAAAUUCUGGUCAUAUUGGAGACACCACUAUUGGCAGACCCAUUACAGGAGCUGUCUUAGGCCUUAAUCAACUCAACCCUGGUGGUGGAUUAGAAAUAGAACGGGCAUCUUCUUCUGGUGUUUCUUCUUCUGAUGUUGGCACUUCAUCUGGAAGUUCUGGUUAUAUAGUAGAGGAGACAAAUGGUGGUUCAGGAUCUUCUCUUGGGGUUUGGGGCUUAUCCUGCAAGAGAAAGGCCCUUGAAGGUACUACUGGACAGUCUUUUCCUGGUGGAAGUUCAAGUUGCUUUCCACAAGCUGAAAGUAGUGCAUGGCAUAAUGGACCCAAUAAUCACAGUGUUUCUAGCAGCCUAAGUUUAUCCACUCCCUCACCGAAUACUCCAAGUGUUACUCCUCCUGAACAGUUGAACCCAAGAUUUGGUUAUGGAAUGAGAGGAGCACCUCCUGAUGCAUUUCCUUCAUCAAAUGUUAGUGGAAAUGCAGACUCUCUGAGAAAUUUUGGUAGGAGGAUAAGUCCUGGACAUCAACAGGAAUCUGUCACUUUCAAUUUGUCAACAACAGGAGGUUCCAGGCGUUGGUCCUUGCAGCAUUCUCGCAGACCUGUCUCAGUUAGUGACUAUCUGGAGUCAAGAUCAACAGAACCUGCAAAUUCAAGUGCCAUCCAAGGCCAGCUUCAUACUAUCAACCCUUCUUCUUUUUCAAGCAGUUUGCCUUGUUGGGAUGAUUUUUCAAGUUCAAGAGUUGGAAAUUCAUUGAGUUCCCUUAUACCUGGAGAGCUAGGUGUUGCAUCAAGAGAGGAAGCAAACUUAAGAAGCUUUCAGAGAAAUAAUGCAGACCAUCCAAUGUUUGCACCUGCAACUGAAAUGAGAAGAAUGGGACAAGAUCCAACACGCUGGGGUUUGGCCACUGGGAACAUGAGUACCUCGGGUAGUGUUUCUUCUACCAGAAUUGGCCCCAGUUCAAGUGUCCAUCCUUUUCCUACUCCCGGAUGGAUUCAUCACAACCCCACAACACAUAAUCAGCAAAGACUUUCUGAAUUUUCUACUAGGUCCCUGUUCCCACCUAUGGCCUCUGAAUCUGGAGGUCACAGUUGCCAUUUCUCCCCUUUGUCUUCUGGUCCUUCCUCUGCACAGGACACACAGAUUUCUUCUGGAUCUAGUAGCCAGGGACAUAAUCCACCACCAUUUCCAAGGUCAGCAUUUCUCACGGAAGAACAAAGUGAUGAUGUUCUUGGAAUGCCCCGUUCCUUGAGGGCUUUAGCUGCUGAUAUUGAAGGGAGACAUCGGCUAAUAUCCGAGAUUCGCCAAGUAUUGAAUGCCAUGCGCAGGGGUGAAAAUCUUCGUGUUGAGGACUACAUGCUUUUUGACCCGUUGAUCUAUCAUGGGAUGGCUGAAAUGCAUGAUCGGCAUAGAGAUAUGCGCCUUGAUGUUGAUAAUAUGUCUUAUGAGGAAUUGUUGGCAUUGGAAGAACGCAUAGGAGAUGUGAGCACUGGACUAAGUGAGGAAACCAUUUUGAAGUUACUGAAACAGGAAAAACAUGUGCCGAUCAGCACAGAAUCUCCAGCAGAUUUGGAGCCUUGCUGUAUCUGUCAGGAGGAAUAUGUGGAUGGGGAUGAUAUGGGAAUAAUCGACUGUGGGCAUGACUUUCAUACCAACUGCAUCAAACAGUGGCUAAUGCAGAAAAAUCUAUGUCCAAUUUGUAAGAUGACGGCCCUGCUCACUUGAGAGGGAAGAUAAUGCCAGUUCCUGGAAAUUUUAUUUUCUUAAAAACAAAUCAACAUCCAAAUACUGGGUGGAUGAUAUCGUAUUUAUACCUCUUUCGGUUUAAACCGGUUUACUUGCUCACGAACUGCAUAAAUGUGAUGUGCGGAACAGCCAUGUGCUAUAAAUUGCAGCAUGAGUGAUAAGAGGGUCUGUCCUGUACCUUCAGAGUAUCAUGAAUAUAUGAGAAAUAAUUUUCAUGACA